AUGGCUGGCCAACCCAAGACCACCAGUCUCUUGGCUCCGUCUGUCAAUACUGAGUACGACCGAUGUAUGCUUGAGAAGACGGGAAAGGGCGAGAUUUGCUGA